GUUAUUGACAAGCACCGUCUUCGUUCGAGUUCAAGUUGUCGAUCGAAAGCAUCCCUGCUGAAUUGCUUUGUAGAAAUGGAAACCACAGUGAAGUACAUCUGCGUUCUCGCGUUUCUUGUGAGUAUGACCAUUGCUGGGCUCAAUGGAGUCGAGGGAACUGCUGAUUAUUAUGGUCCAUGUGGGAAACAUGACAUCGAGAAAGAGGCUGAGAAGUUGGAACCGUGUACAUACGCAGCACAGCAUCGGAGAGUCCCGGUUUCCGAGCGUUGCUGCAGUAUAAUGGAGAAAAAGGUGAAGAAUCCAGGCUGCCUUUGCGCUGUUCUGUAUUCUCAAACAGCAUACAAUGCGGGAGUGAGGCCGGAAAUUGCAGUGACCAUUCCAAAACGCUGCAACAUUGUUGAUCGCCCUGUUGGUUACCAGUGUGGAGAUUUCACUCUGCCUUAACUCUGAAGACUCCAUCAGCAGUAUAAGCAUGCUGGAUUCACUGUGACAUCCAGCAUUUUCAAGUUAAAUAAAAAUCUAUUGAUGUAUCUUUGAAUUAUAAUCAAUAAGUGUUGUUGUUUCUUUGAAUAAUAAUAAACAAAAAUGUAAUUU